AUGGGUCUUACGGGGGCGAUUCGAGGUCGGACAUAUACCCGCCGCGGUGAUGGAACCAGCGGCAACAGAGCCGAGGAUGUAAAUAGAGACGAAGAGCCGCGGGAGGACAAGGCCGCGGAGCAGACCCCGGCCACCAUUAACGGAGCCGCGUCGACCGCGCAGGUCUCCGGGCGGGUUCUGAGGGACAGGUCAACCAGGGCAGUGCCGGCCUGGCUCAAGGACUCGAAAAGCGACGAGGACGAAGACGAGCCGAGUCCGGACAGCAGCGCGACCACCAAGCGGAGGAAAGUUCCCAGCUCCAGGCGCAGGAAAGGGCUCGACUCGGCGGGUCAGGUGGAAGCCGGAGAGGGGCUCCCAGGAGACAGCCUUCAGGGCACAGAUUCAGAAGACCCGAAGGGACCUGCCUCAGAUGUUCAAGCUCCUCCUCCCAAACGAUCCCCGGCCCAGAAUAAUGCCCGGCCCCCAGCUGGCAGGGCCGCCCGGAGCUCUGCCAAGCCCGUGUGUAAGACCGAACCUGAAAUUGAGACUCCAUCUGUGGAGGAAGAGAGCACCGAUAAAGAGCAGUCUCACAAUGAAAAGAAAGAGGAGGACAGCGAGGCGGUAGCAGACCAGGUCCUGGAUAGCGAAGACCUUCCCUAUCAGGAGGACCCCGACGAUUUCAGCUUUCAGCCACAGAGUCAGAGCAGUGUUGAAGAGGAGGAGGCUCUCAGCAGUGAUGAAGACGUUCCCUUUAGAGACGACUUAAACGAUCAGAGCUACGACCCGAGGGCUGAACGGUUUCUGGACCUUCCUAAACCAAAGCGCAAAGUUCCUCCAAGGCAGAAGGACAAGAAAGAAAAGGAUAAAGCGCCUAAAAAGGAAAAAGAGGCUUCUGAGAUCAAAGUAGAGGGUUCAGAUAACGUGGAGAUGGUGCAAGAGGAGGUGAAGCUGGAGGAGGAGACAGCAGAAGAUCCAGAUGGACCAAGGAAGAGAGGCCGUAGGAAAAAAGACGACAAAACCCCCCGACUGCCGAAGAGGCGAAGCCCGCCUGUGCAGUAUGUGCGCUGCGAGAUGGAAGGAUGUGGGACGGUGUUGGCUCAUCCUCGCUACCUCCAGCAUCAUAUAAAGUAUCAGCACUUACUCAAGAAGAAGUACGUUUGUCCUCACCCGUCGUGUGGGAGGCUGUUCCGCCUACAGAAGCAGCUGCUGCGUCACGCCAAGCACCAUACAGACCAGAGAGAUUAUAUCUGCGAGUUUUGUGCCCGGGCCUUCAAGAGCUCCCACAACCUGGCUGUUCACCGCAUGAUCCACACGGGAGAGAAGCCUCUACAAUGCGAGAUCUGUGGCUUCACCUGCCGCCAGAAGGCGUCCCUCAACUGGCACAUGAAGAAGCACGACGCCGACGCCACCUACCAGUUCUCCUGCUCCAUUUGCGGCAAGAAGUUCGAGAAGAAGGACUGCGUGGUGGCCCACAAGGCCAAGAGCCACCCCGAGGUGCUGAUCGCCGAGGCGCUGGCGGCCAACGCCGGCGCCCUCAUCACCACGCCGCCGUCUCUGCUGGAGCUGCCCGGCAACCCCGUGCAAGCGGAGGCGACGGGCGUGGACAUGAGCCACGACGGCGAGCUGGAUCAGCUGGGCCAGCACAUGGCCCAACAGGUGAGCCCUCAGGUGGUGUUACUGGGGCAGGAACCGAGCCUGCACACCAUGCAGGUGCCCGUGACGAUAGCCCUGACCCCCAUCGACCCCCCGUCUCCGGCCGACAACCAGCAGCAGACGCACGUCCAGCUCCAGAUGCCCGUCCAGUUCGUGCAGGCCGGCCAGCAGCUGCAGCAGCAGCUGGCCCUCCACCCCGGCCCCGUGGUGACCCAGCACCAGCCGCAGCUCCAGCCCAUGCAGCCGUACCCCUCCCACCCGGACGGCCAGGGGCAGACGCAAAUCCUGCAGAUGACCUUCCAGCCCGUCGGCCAGUCGCAGAGCCACGUUCACCAGAUCCCCAUCCUGGCCGGCUCCCAGCAGCUGCAGACCAUGCAGGCGGCCGCUCAGAGCCCCGAGCUUUUGUCCGCCGCCUCCCACCCCCAGGACCCCUCGUCCGCCAACGGGAACGCCCUUUUCCUGGACAAUCCGCCGCUGUCCUCCUCCUCCUCCUCCGCCCCGCCGUGCGGCUCGCUCCAUCAACCGGAAGCGGCGGGGGAGAGCUGCGCGGCGUGGGAGCCCGCGCGGCCGGGGGAGGCUCAGGCCGAAGGCGGCGAGGCGCACGUGCAGCAGGUCAUCAUAUAAAACCAGCCGGGGGCAGCGCGCGAAGACGAGGACACGCUGGCCGAAGAACGGCCCGAGACAAACGUAGGAUCACAGAUGUAUGUGCUGCUCACCCGUCGUCUGACUUGGUAGCUUUUUUUUAGAGUUUCCGUAUCAGGGAGAGAGGUGUCUGUGUACGUCUGUCGCCUUUGUACAUAACAGUCCUGUAACUAGCUGUUUGAGUUUGUGUGUUGAUGAGUUUAGGUUCCAGUUAUGCAAUAAUAUAUCAACCCCCCCCCUUUUUCUGAGAAGGUUGCUGAACAUGUGGCAAACAGAAAGCUGGACUACAUUAAUUUAAUUGACCAAACCUAUUAUUUUUAACCUUUAUUGUAGAAGGUUAAGGAGAAAAAAAA